GGGGAGGCCAAAGCCCAGAGUCUUGGCCUUUUGGCUGCAAUUCUUGCCUGCACACCACCGAAUCUAUGACCCUCUUCUUCUCUGUAACAAAACCAUAACCCUUCUCAUCAUUUCUCUUUUUCUUGAAAAUUUCUCUCCUUUUUUUUCUAAUCUUGAUAUAUGUUUCUUGGGGUGUAUACAUAGAGUGGUUUCUUUGAGGAUCAAGUUAGAGCAGACGCAGAAUUGAUAUAAUUAGUCUUCUUCUACCUUUGCCCUUUUUGGUUUUCUUGAUUUGGAGAGUGGUGGAUCGGUUGUGGGUAUUUCACUUUUACUGGGAUUAGAAGGUAGAUGUUGAUUUGCAGAGGAGGAGGUUGAGGUUUUGUGGGAUAAAUGGAUAGUCUGUGCUGUUUCAAUUACUCACAGCUUGCAGGGGGACGGUCGUCAUGUGGCUCUGGCAAGGGAAGAAGCCAUCAGGGGUCUGCCAAGUAUGGGUACAGUUUAGUGAAAGGGAAGGCAAAUCAUCCAAUGGAGGAUUACCAUGUUGCUAAAUUUGUACAGGUUCACGGUCAUGAGUUGGGGCUAUUUGCUAUAUAUGAUGGGCAUCUGGGAGAUACUGUGCCGGCUUACUUACAGAAGCAUUUGUUUUCUAAUAUCAUAAAGGAGGAGGAGUUUUGGACCGACCCGGGCAGGUCUAUUGCUAAAGCCUACGAGAGAACUGAUCAGGCUAUUCUCUCUCACAGUCCUGACCUCGGUAGAGGCGGGUCGACGGCGGUCACUGCAAUUCUUAUAAACAGCCGCAAUCUGUGGGUGGCCAAUGUUGGUGAUUCACGAGGAGUGCUUUCCAGGAGGGGGCAGGCUAUACAGAUGACUGUUGAUCAUGAACCCAACACCGAGCGUGGUAGCAUCGAAGACCGAGGUGGAUUUGUCUCGAACAUGCCUGGAGAUGUUGCAAGGGUGAAUGGCCAACUGGCCGUUUCUCGUGCUUUUGGAGACAAGAACUUGAAGACACAUUUAAGGUCUGACCCGGAUAUCACAAAUGCCAAGAUUGAUGCUGAUACCGACCUCCUUAUUCUUGCUAGCGACGGUUUAUGGAAGGUAAUGUCGAAUCAAGAGGCUGUUGACAUUGCAAAGAAGAUCAAGGACCCCCAGAAAGCGGCCAAGCAACUGGCAACAGAAGCAUUGAACAGAGAGAGCAAGGACGACAUCUCAUGCAUCGUCGUCCGGUUCUAGCUCUUGUACAUUAUGCCCUCUAUCUGAUGCAAUAUGGUUCAUAGAAAUCCAGCUCGAGUGUCGAUCUGAGAACGGCUGCUAUUAUCUGGCCCCGGUGUAAUAUUAAGUGUCAAAGCUUUUGUUAUGUGGUUUA